GAGAGCAAAAAGAAAACGAAAAAUGAGCAGCGGCUUCCCGGGAUCAAAAUCGGAGCAGAGUCAUCAUCGGCUCUUCGAUUUCGCCAAAACGGCCAUAAUCAACAUCUUCGCACAUCCUUAUACCACUGUUUGCGAGCUGUACUGCGGCGAAGCUCCCGAUAUCGACAAGUGGGAAGCUGCUCCGAUUGGUCACUACAUCGGAAUUGGUAUUACCAAAAUUUACUUAUAUAAUCAGUCUUACAUACUGUAUUGUAUCACUAAGAGGAUGGGUUUGCUUUUUUUUUUUCUUCUCUUUUUGUGGAAAUUUGCUAUAACGUUAGAUACAUCGUCUUCUGGGAUUUCUUGCGUACGAGAAGCUUGGGAGAGUCAGAGGAAGAAUUACGAUGUUGAAUUCUUUGGAGCUGAUCCUUCCAAGGAUGAUCUUGAAAUCCAGUUACAGAAGAACGUGGGGCAGGCUGAUUUAGUUUCUUGUUGGCGCCAUCUACAGCUAUGCUUUGAAACUGAGGAGAGUGCGAGAAGACUCCUAAGUAAUGUAGCAUGUUUACUGAAACCCGGGGGUUACUUUUUUGGAAUUACUCCUGACUCGUCAACGAUAUGGGCAAAGUACCAGAAAAAUGUUGAAGCAUACCACAAUAGGAGCGGAGGGACAAAGCCUAAUGUUUUUCCCAACUACAUUCGGUCUGAAAGUUACAUGAUCACUUUCGAAUUGGAGGAAGAAAAGUUUCCGCUGUUUGGGAAGAGGUACCAGCUGAAAUUUUCUGGUGACAACGCUUCUGAAGACCAUUGCUUGGUUCACUUCCCAAGCUUGAUCAGGUUAGCGAGGGAGGCUGGCCUUGAAUAUGUGGAGAUUCAAAAUUUAACAGAUUUUUACGAUGACAACAGAGCCCAAUUUGCAACCUUGCUGAUGAAUGCUGGCCCUAAUUUCGUUGACCCCAGGGGAAAACUUCUUCCACGGGCAUUUGAUUUGUUAGGGCUCUAUGCAACAUUCAUAUUUCAGAAGCCCGACCCAGAUCUCGAACCUCCUCUAACGACCCCAAUACCUUUUGAUUGUUCCAAUAUUCAUGAUGAGAGAGAAUUAUCGGGGAACACUGAGACAAUUGCCCCUGCGGAAGAUUCAUCAAAAGGACUAGGGAAGAUUAGUGAACAGAAAGGAAUAUUGGGACCAGGCCCUGCCGAUUUACGUUUCUCCGAGGCAAUUUAACGCCCCUUUUUUUCGAAAGCUUUUGGUGACAUAGUGAAACUGGUGUUUCAGUAACAGUGAUAAGCUAGAACGUGUAUUUUUGUUAAAAACCAUCAGAUAACAUUAUCCAUGUGUUUAACAAACCUUAGUUAAGUUCUCUGAAUGAUUCCC